AUGGCAUCUCCUACAACAUGCAAUGCCUUGAAGCAGAUCGCCAGAGACUUCCUACGCUCCCUCGAUGACCCCAAGCAGGUCACCCUUGGUUUCGAACGGGCGCGAAGCCUCACCACCAACGACAUAUCAGUCACGCACGACAGCUACCCAUCUGCAAACGGCAUCGACGCCUUCCUCGGCGGCUGGGCGAAGGCAAAGCAGUUCAUGCCGAAAUUUGAUAUGGAGAUUGUCGAUAUGAUUGCUGAGGUUGGCGCCGGCGGCGCAGGCGGAAGAGUCUGGGUUUUCUCCAAGAUCUCUGGUGGAAAGGGGGGCGAAGAGCGUGAUAGUGUGGAUAUGAUGUGUAUCAAUGCUGGGGGAAAGAUUACUAAGAGCAAGGAUGUUCAGCGUGUUACAGUUGCUGGAGAGGUUUAG